AUGGCGGCGCAGGCGAUUGCGGAGAUGGAGCAGAUCAAGGUUCAAGAAGUGGGUGAGGAUGAUCUGCAGGUUGGUGCAGCGGGCGGGCAGUCCGGAGAAGAAGCUGAUCCGGCGCUGCACGGUGCGGCGGGCGGGCAGUCUGGAGAAGAAGCUGAUCCCGCGCCGCAUGCGGCGGCGGCGGCGGGGGAGGUGAGGCUGGACUUUUGCUGCAAAUACUGCGAUAAGAAGUUCAGUACCAAGCAGGCAUUGGGAGGGCACCAGAACGCCCACCGGAUGGAUAGAGAUAUGGAGAAAAAUGGGAAGAGGAGUGCCCGCCAUGGUGGGUUCAUGGAUUAUGGCUUCUUGCAGCCUCGUUUUCUAUGUUCUCCUUUGGCUGGGUUUCCUCCGCUUCCCGGCGGCGGCAGCGGUGGCCAGGUGAACUACUCGUACCAGGCGGCCGCUGCAAAUCCGCCGUAUUUCCUGCCAGGCAAUUCCAUUUCCUCGCCGUUGAUUCCAACCGGCAGGCUGCCCUAUGCUUAUCCAUUUCCACCUGAAACCAGGCCACUCCCCAGUAGGCUGUCGGCGAUGAGUAUCCCCGGCGGCAACAGCUUUCCAGUCACCCCUCGCAGGCUUGCAGGUCCCAUUGUUAUCAACUCCAAUCCAAUGAAUACUCCACAAAUCAACAAGGAUAUGGAGGAUGGAGGACUGGACUUGACUCUCAAGCUAUGA